GACCGAAACAAGUCAGCUGUCCAAGGGGCACCCAGCAUAGCCUUGAUUUCCAGACUAGCAUAUAAUAAGAACAAAUACGCAAUACGCAACAAAUACGCAAAUGGAUUCUCAGCUUCCUUUCUCUGCUGAGGAAUUAUCCUGUCCCAUGUGCCACAACGUCUUCAAGGAUCCAGUUCUCCUGUCAUGUAGUCACAGUAUCUGCAAAGUCUGUUUCGAUCAGUACUGGAAGUGUAUGGGGUCUCUGGAAUGUCCUGUUUGCAGAGAGCAAACCGAUGUGGCUUCUCCAUGUGAUUAUGUAUCGAGAGAUUUGUGUGAGGUUGUGCUACAGCGAAGGAGGAAUGAGAAAGUUUCAGCAUGUUCUACAUCACUCUGCGGUCUACACGAUGAAAAAUUCAACCUCUUCUGCCUAGAAGAUGAACAGCUGCUGUGUGCGGCAUGUCGCACAUCAGAAACACAUGAAAAUCAUAAAUGUUGCACUAUAGAUAUUGCGGCACAUGACCAUAAGAAGGAUCUUAAAACUGCACUCAGACACUUACAGGACAAGUGUCAGGUCCUUAAGAAGGUCAAAUCAAAUUAUGAUCAAACUGCAAAAUAUAUUAAGUAUCAGACCAAGAAAACAGAGCAGCAGAUAAAGAAGGAGUUUGAGAAGCUUCACCAGUUUCUUCAAGAUGAAGAAGCAUCCAGAUUAGCUGCUCUGAGACAGGAAGAGGAGCAGAAGAGUCUGAUGAGUAAACAGAAGAUUGAAGAGAUAAACAUAUUGAUAGCAUAUUUUUCCUAUAUUCUCAAUAUGGUGAAAGAGGAAAUGGGAUGUGAGAAUAUCUCAUUUAUGCAGACCUUAAGAGCAGUAGCAAAAGGCAGAGCUCAGUGCUCCUUGCAGGAGCCACAGAUGUUUUCAGGAGUGCUGAUUGAUGAAGCAAAGCACCUGGGGAACCUGAGGUUCAGAGUAUGGGAGAAGAUGCAGGAGAUUGUUCAGUACACCUCUGUGAUUUUGGACCCAAACACAGCCCACCCUGAACUCAGCCUUUCAGAUGACCUGACCAGUGUCCAGCGCAGUCAUGGAACACAACACCUCCCUAAUAAUCCAGAAAGAUUCGAUCAGUUUUACUGCGUCGUAGGCUCUGAAGCAUUUACCUCAGGCAUCCAUGGCUGGGACAUUGAGGUCACAGACGUGCCUGAUUGGGAAGUCGGUGUGACAACUGCAUUUAUCCCAAGGACCGGAAAAACUGACUUGGAUAUUGAAACCUGGAGUGUCAAGGCUUCUCAUGGUGAAUAUCUGGCACGGUUUUCAACAGCAGCAACCUUUAAGCUCCAUCUUAAAGAGAGUCUACGGAGGAUCAGGGUUCGGCUGGACUGGGAAAGAGGAGAGGUGGAAUUCUCCAAUCCUGUUACUGACACAUAUCUGUUUACUUUCAGCCAUUCUUUUACUGAGGGAGUCUUUCCUUUCUUCAUUACUCCCUGCAAACAUUCAUUUCUGAGGAUACUACCAUUAUGCAUAGAUUUUACGGUGAAUACAGAACAGGGUUUGGAGUGAGGCAAGUAGCUAAUGCAUUAAUCCAUGGAGUAACUGCAGUGUACUUCAGAAAAAAAUGAUAGAUUAGAAUAUCACUUUAUUAACCCCACGGGAUAAAUUUUGUCACAGCAGCAGACAAUAAAUAAAUAAAUAAAUAAAUAAAUAAAUAAAUAAAUAAAUACCAAUGCACAUACCAUAUACCAUAUAUAUAUAUAUAAAAAAUAUUAAAAUAUAAAAAUAAAAAUAGACUAUUCAUCUAGGUGGCAGGUCAUGUGCUGUUGUA